AUGAAGGGUGGCCUACGAUUCGCGAUAUGUAUCUCGGUUAUGUUGAUAUUCUCGCUGUAUCUUUUGGAAGCACAUCUUCAAGAUAUCUAUAACCAGUAUCGCGCUGGCGCAUAUUUGGUGGAGUGGUUGAACCGAAACGAUGUCAUCGAAACACCAGUGCCGAUUCAUGGCAACCCGGGAGACAAGGUCAUUGUGAUGGCCAAGCUAGCAGAAGAACAUACAGAUUGGGUUCAGGAGGAGCUUCCAGACUGGCAGCGGGCCCUUUACAUAGUCAACCCCACCCAAGACAUGCGAUCCAGUAACGAAAUCCUUACGACCCCUUUCAAUAAAGGCCACGAGGCCAUGGCCUACCUCACCUAUGUCAUUGAUCACUACGACACACUUCCCUCCACAAUCGCCUUCCUCCACGCCCACCGCGCCGGAUUCCUAAUGGCAUGGCACGUCGACGCCCCCCUCCACGAUAAUGUCCUAGCGAUGCGAAGCUUGCAGACGGACUUUGUCCAACGAAAUGGAUAUGUCAACCUUCGCUGUAAUUGGAAUCCUGGCUGCAAGGAAGGCCAUCGCUUCAAUCAACAUGUCACCGAACAGGUCUGGUGGGAUAUCUUCGAGGGCACGAGUACUCCGCCGCUAAACAUGUCCUCUCCGUACGAGACCGAAUCGUAUGGCGGGAAAUACAUGCGAAAACCCACCCAGAUCGGUGCCGCGUGUUGCGCGCAAUUUGCGGUUUCGCGAAGCCAGGUGCACGCGCGACCGCGGGAGGAUUAUAUCAAAUUCCGGCAGUGGAUUAUUGAAACCGAGUUGAAUGAUGCUUCUUCCGGGCGAGUGAUGGAGUUCAUGUGGCACGUCAUAUUUGGAAUGAACUCAAUCUAUUGUCCCGAUGAGCAACUUUGCUACUGCCAGGUUUAUGGCAAAUGCUGA